GCUGAAGUGCAAAACCCCUGCCACUUCAGCCAAACAGUUCACCCAGACAGACUGUCAGGUCACCGAGGUCAUGAGAAAAUCUCACAGCCAGCCAUGAGAAUAUGGCCUUGAGCCUCACACCAGACCUGCCUUCACAAGCAAGUGCAUGAGCUUCCCUAUGAGACAUCGCAACCCCCUUGAGAAGCCCUGUCAAGUGCGAGAACCUUCUGCCAAGAGCUUACCAGACAUUUACUCUUGUGAAUAUAUAAGACUGCAGUCCCAGCAUAUACAAAAAGGGGCGCUGUUCAGCUCAACAGACAGUGUGGCCAAACCCUCAACCACACACCUUCAAGGGAAUGGAGGGAACCCAGCCCCACUUUGAGCAACACCCCCUUUUCUGAAGAGACAACUGCCAAUGCUAAAGCUGCUCUUCACAAGAGACAAUGAUGCAUAGCUAAAGCUAACUAUGUGGACUGACUCAAGACCACCUAACAUCAAACUCAAAUGCCAUCUGCAUUCUUUGCCAUGCCUGAUUUACCCUCAUCCCAAGGAGUUUCAUCUGACAGCUGGAUACAUGAACUAAUGCCUUGGUGUUGGUCUAGAACUAAAGGUAGUGCCCACUUCAGCAAAACACUGCUCCCACCAGAGCACAAACUACUCAGAUGACAAAAAGAGCCUGCUCUGCACUUCCUGAACCAUCCACCGAUUCUCCAGUCACAACGGAACCUGGAAAGUGAUCACAGAGAUGUGCCUCCAAACUUUAAUGGCCCUCAACAACCAAUGCAUCCAUACAGAGGACCUGAUCGCCUUCAAAUCGCAUCGACUCACGAGAAGUACAUCAGAAAACUCCUGAUUUACAGACUCAAAGAUAUUGUCAAUGUUGGAUUUUGGCAAGGAAACACUCACAUCGGGAUACACACACCAGUUAUGGUAGCCUACCACGACAGUAACCCACAGUUAUACCUGGCCCCAAAUGUGCGUAUGUGUACCCUGACCAAAGACAGUCAUUAUCUCUGCCCCAUCAAGCCCUUCUUCAGAGACAACACUGAAGGAACCUGCGGUUUACAACCCAUACAAAGAGAGACACUCUGCCUGGCUGAGGCCAAGCCUCACACACAAGUCACGGAAACUCAAGCAGAGAUUGUGGGAAAUCAGUGGCUUGUUAACACUUCCAUCCAUAAUGCCACAUUGACCUAUGACCAGCAGGACACUGCCACCUGUGUCAGCCUGCCCAACCAGAGUAUGUGGAUUCAAGUGCCCAAAGGUGCCGUCCUCCACCUCGGGGAUCUGGCACUGUACCACCUUUCAAGUGAAGAGUACCAGUCCGAGGUAAAAAUUUCAGCUUUCUUCAAGGGCCGCUAUCUCACUCUGGAACCUGAAUUGGAACUGAACACUGAGAAAGGGGGUCCCAGAUGAUUGACAUCACCCCAAUCGACACAGCCCUCCUAGCACUGUCUCGGCUGCCUGUCCAGACCACCUUUCCCAUCGCCCGAUCCUGGACCUCCGCCGACACGGCACUUUGCUUCGCCACAGCAAUCAGGUACACCCUAACUCUCGGUUUUGCCUUUGUCCUGUUUAACAGAGUCAACGGGAUGCAAAGGUCCAUGAACAGGUGCACAGCUGCCCUUCCUUGAACCUUCAAACGGAGCCACUGGAAAAGCGGGACCCAGGCUGAGACAAUGCUGAACCUGACAAUGCUGAUCCACCUGCCAUCCGAUCAUCAUGAUCCACCUGCUGUCCGACCA